CUGCUGGCGAUGACGCCCGCUGGGGAAUAGCCGUGCAGUGCCGCCUCCCGCCCGGAUCCGAUGCCGAGCAAGUGCAGCGCACCACCAUCGCUCAAACCUCAGCUCAAACACAACCACAACCACCACCAGCACCACGACUCCUUGCCUUCCUUUUUGCCUGUACCCCCACGACAACAACACAGACGGCAAGCAGCAGAACACAACCAAAUACCACAAUGUUCGCGGUAGCAGCCCGGCGGACGCUCCUCCGCCCACGCAGCGCCCUUGCGACUUCGGCCCCGUCCCUGCGCAGCUUCCUCUCGUCGCUCGCCAUCCUCGAGCAGCGCGAGGGCCAGCUCAACCACGGCUCCCUCAGCGCCAUCACCGCCGCCCAGAAGCUCGGCGGUCCCGUCCACGCGUUCGUCGCCGGCGGCGGCGUCAAGUCGGUCGCCGAGGAGGCUGCCAAGAUUGACGGUGUCGAGAAGAUCAUUGCCGUCGACAAUGCUGCUUAUGACAAGGGCCUACCCGAAAACUACGCCCCGCUCCUCGUCGAGAACAUCAAGAAGGGUGGCUACACGCACAUCCUCGUCGGCCACACAGCCUUCGGCAAGUCCCUGAUGCCCCGCGUUGCCGCCCUCCUCGACAGCCAGCAAAUCUCCGACAUUACCAGCAUUGAGAGCGAGAACACCUUUGUCCGCCCCAUCUAUGCCGGCAACGCCAUCGCGACCGUCGAGUCCUCGGACGCGACAAAGUGCAUCACGAUCCGCGGCACGGCCUUCCCCGCCGCCGAGAUCGCCUCGGGCACCGCCACCAUCGAGGACGGCGUCGACCCCAAGGCCGAGUCUGCCUCCGAGUGGGUGUCCGAGGAGCUCGCCAAGUCGGACCGCCCAGACCUGGCGACCGCCGGCAAGGUCGUCUCCGGCGGCCGCGGCCUCAAGUCCAAGGAGGACUUUGACAAGGUCAUGCUGCCCCUCGCGGACGCGCUGGGCGCCGCCGUCGGUGCGUCCCGCGCCGCCGUGGACUCGGGCUAUGCGGACAACUCGCUCCAGGUCGGCCAGACGGGCAAGGUGGUCGCCCCCCAGCUGUACAUGGCCGUGGGCAUCUCGGGAGCAAUCCAGCACUUGGCGGGUAUGAAGGACAGCAAGGUCAUUGCGGCGAUCAACAAGGAUGCCGAUGCGCCAAUCUUCCAGGUCGCUGAUGUCGGCUUGGUCGGUGAUCUCUUUGAGAAAGUGCCCGAAUUGACGGAAAAGAUCAAGAGCAGUUAACUGGUGUGUCAGGCUCAAGAAAACUUGUAUAAGAAAACAACAAGAAGAAUGUGAAAAUAUUGAAUUACAACAAGAUCAAGAAAG